GCUGUGGUGUAGAGUGCAGUGUAACGUGGGUUUUCCGAGAAAUCUGACAUUUUACAUUAACAUCUUAAUAGUUAUCAUUAUUUAGCAUCAGCGAGAUGUCAGAUCAUGGUCACAGGACCAGUAGUGGCAGCUGGAGCGUCAUGAGUGAAAAUACUUUAUCUAAAAAUUUCCCGCUUCAUCGUGCAUGUCGGGACGGUGAUGUUGAAUCGCUCACGUUGCUUUUACAACAAGAAGCGGCUCGCUCACACAUCACGGUCGAGGACACUUACUAUGGCUGGACUCCAACACACUGGGCUGCAUACUUUGGCAAGCUGGAGUGCUUGCGAGUCCUAGUAAGUGGUGUGGGUAGUGGAGUGGCUGUACACCCUGGAAUGACAACUUCUCGCUUUACGCAGACUCCAGCCCACAUAGCUGCCUUUGCUGGACACCCUCAUUGUCUACAAUGGCUUUUACACACGGGAGUUGAUCCUAAUGCUCAGGAUUACUUAGGAGAGACCUCACUGCAUAAGGCUGCUCGCACUGGUUCUACAGAAUGUGUUGAUCUCCUUGUUGCUAACAGAGCCAAAAUUGGAAACCGCAACAACAAUGGGCAGACAGCUGCUCAACUUGCAAAUGCAUGCAGUUACACAGCCCUUGCCAAUCACUUGCUGCAAUUGGAAGGCAAACAAGGUGUGACAACGGAUGUGAAUAACUCUAUCACACGUAGUGUUCCAGCUCAUGGGCUCAAUGGUGGAGUCUUCCCACAUUGUGCUGAGUCAGCCCUUUUCACCAACAAACUCAUCCCUGUCUCAACCAAUGGCCAAACAACUAAUGCUGCUGUGUCAUCAUCUGUCACAACUACAAAUGGAAAUGCUAAUUCCACUAAUGGUUGCACUAGCAAUGGUACAUGUACUUCAUCCAAUGGCUAUUAUGGAUUCCAGCCAGCAAAUAACCAUAGUAAUGGACACGUGAAUGGCCAAACAAAUGUUUUCAUAAAUGGCUGUAAUGAGCAAUCAGAUGAGUGUGACAUGGAAACUGAUGUGACACCUGUUAAUGAAGGCUGUAAUGGAUCUGCCACCAGUCACAAAAGUGGCCCUGAAUCUGGCUUGCUUAAGACCUCCAUAAAUGGUUUGCAGUCUCAGUCAGUAAAUGGUCAUACAGAUAAGAUUCCAUUUGGAUUUACUAAUGGACAUGUAAUUGGAACAGUUCUUGGAUUUGCAAAUGGACACACUGCUGGCAACAUGCCAAAGUUUACAAAUGGUCAUAGUACUUGUGGAAGUAACCAGAAUGGCACAAAUGGUUUUACUUCAAAAAUUCAAAGUAAUAUGGGAGAAGAUAUCACAAUUAACCCUGGUGUUUCACAAAACCACAUUCCAAUAGCAGGCUGCAAGAGAUCAAGAGAAGAAGGAAUUAUUCCCGAGAUGAAGAGGAUGAGAACUGAGGACUACACAGUAGAGACGACAACUAUGGAGGCACCAGAGAGUGCAGUGGUGGAUGCUGCUUACAAUGGUACUCACUAUGCCAUCAUGGAGACAGCUCACUCGUUUAAGAGCUCGACUCAUGAGCAGACAUCCCCUUCCUCGGCACAUCCACUCGCCCCUCAAAAUUCUGUGUCAAAAGCACGAGAGCAGCAACAAUGGAUUUGGGUGGUUUAGAUUUGAUGGGGCUGAGAGUGUUAAGGCUGUGUACUAAGGGCUUUUGUACAGUACCUCCACCAAGCCCCCACAAUGAUUGUUAAUCUGAAAAGAGGGAGACUUGAGGCACCAGUUGCCCUUGAGAGACUAGGUGGUCUUAUUAGAGCCAAGUCUACCCUCUCAGUUAUUUGUUUUCUGUUCAGUUCCUGGCAGAGUCCAAAAGGUCAGUUGCAGCUGACUGACAUUCCUGUUUUAUUUAUAUUCUAAUAUUUUACUAAAGCUUUAGAAAUAGCUGUAGGUGUUAUACCAGUUGGACAGAUAUUACAACUUCCAUAUACAGUAUUAUUAUGUAAGAUUUGUUUACUUGCUGGAAGUGGUAAGCCAUAGCAGUGUUUAUGACUAACUCGUACAAAUAUUGUGCAUUAGGCUGCCUAUUAUUUGGUUUGUUGAUAUUCCCCAGAUGGUCUGCUUAAGUUGAGCCACCACAUGAACAAGAAUAGCUUUGAAAUUGGUGAAUGUUUUGAAGCAAACAUCCCCCAUUCAGUUUUUAUAGACCUAUAUGUCACAUUCUCCCAUUUCAAUACCUGGGGAGUUGAAUAUGCUUGCAUUUGAUAUUGAUGAAUUAAUUGUAAGUAAGUCCUGUGGGGGUCAGGAACCUAGACCACAUAGGUUGUAGUUAGUCAACCGGUGCAUUUUCAAUUGGCAUAAGAUUUUAAAUUCUCUUAUUACUAAAUCUGAGGCACCUCAACCCACUUAUAUUAUUAAAAUUUAUAUAGGGUAAUACAGUUACUGCUUCUAGUCCUGUUUGAUCUUGGGAUCAUAGGUUUCAUCUGUGUUUGAGAAUCUCUUCGAAAUUUGUGCCCGUGCCCGGAACGGAGAGAUAUUUCAUAGAAUUUCUCGGAAUGCUAAAAAAAAAAAAAAAAAGUGUCUGGCUAUUGGAGAGCUUCAGGAAUCGGUGAUUCCGGCUAAUGAUAACACUACUGUAUAUAGCAUCAUUACAUGGCUCAUGUCUGCUCCAGGAUAUUUGAAACAGGUUGGGGAAAAUCAAAAUGUUUUUCAUACUUUCCUAGAACUUUGGUCUCAAGUUUAUGAUGUACAUGUGUAGGACUGAAAGGGUUGAUGUUAUGUUUAUCAACUCAAGCUGUUUAUAAGCAAACCAAAAAACGUUCACUUCAUUUUUUUGGUAUUAAAAUACCAUACAUGCAUAAAAUUAAUUAUUGCAUAUGUGAAUUCGUGAACAGUACUUGUAUUCAGAACUCUCUUGAAAAGAAGUACAAGUGUGUGCUAUUUAUGAACCACAUGUUAUAUUAUUUAAAAGUUAAGAUUAUUCCAUUACAGUACAGUAUUGUAUUAAAUUAUAUCCUGGUAUUGUUUUUAAUUUUUUACAUUUUAGUUUGAAAUACUGUACAUUGCUAUUCAAAUUGUUAUGGUAUACUUCUACACAUUAUGUGCUGCUUUGUUACCAUAGUGUACAACACAUCUUCCCUAAAUUUUAUUGAUUGCAAUUCACUGUAAAGGUUGGAUGCAUCAAAAUUUGGUUGAGGAUUAUAUUCAUCAGGCAGAACUGAAGUGAAAGGGAAAUGAGGGCUUAAAUUCCAAAACCAAUAUCGGUACUUUUCUUCCUCCAUUUUUUCAAAGAAGAGUUCAUUCUUGGAAGGAGUAUUGUACAGUAUAUUUUGUGUGCAACACACUAGUCAUUACCGAUACUAUACUAAUAAACAGGGAACUUCCAAUUAUUUUCCUUUGUGGAAAGCUAGAGAUGAGUUUUAUGCUGCAGAUGUGCUUUUAUGUUAAGCUAAUUGUAAGUGCCAGAGCUCUGAAUAUACAAAUAGAUGCAGUGGCUAGGGAUAAUGUAGGUUUGGUGAAGAAUUAAUUUUUAGAUAAUUCUUUGGGGAAUUUGUUUUUCCUGUCUGGUAAUUACAAUUUCUCACCAUUUGUUUCAUUAUUUCUCAAGAAGGCAAGUACUGUUUAGUGUGGAUGCUCUCUCUUUGGAUUGGGACUAUUUGGCCCAUAUAUAUCUUUUAACUCGUUUUCUCAAUUGUUUGAGAUAAUGAAAAAGUUUAAGACAUUUCUGAGACAGUCUUGAAAACUCCAUUUUGAUCUACAGUAGCAGGAAUUAGUUUUCCUAUCUGCUUAAGCUUUUUCCAAAGCCACCUGUCAUCCAGUAAUUUUUUUACUUGUUUUGACCCAGAGAUAUGGUAGAGAUAAUCCUUAGUACUCAUAUACAAUUUUAUAAACUUCAUGUUUGGGUUUUCUAGGGUUAGUAUAUUUCUCUAGUCUUUUAAAUGAUAUACAGUACUCUAGUUUACUUUUAAGUGUAGAGAUAGGUCAUAAACAGGUUUAUUGGUGACAGUAGAACUCUCUAGUAGAUUCCUUCUUAACAUUUCCUUACUUUUGCUUUUAUCCUCUUUGCCACUGAUUGGCUCAUUAGCUACUUGGUAAAUCCCAUCUUUGUUUCUAACCUGUACAACAUAUACAGUACAAGAAUAUGAUUAAAUUAUCAAAAAUGGUUUCAAUCAAAUCAUCUCUGACAUGGCAUAGGUUAUCCCUUGUAGAUUAGGGCUCUGGCUGCCGAUGGGUUUUCUUUCCUGGAGGUCUCUGCAUAAUGCCAGAUCUCUAUAGGGAUAAGAGAAUUAAGAGUGAUAACAGUGGAUCAACUCUCUUUGGCAAUAUACAGUACCUUAUAUCUGUCCAAUGCUUAGUAUUUUGUAGAACCACCUCCUUUCUCUUGUUAUAACUGGCUUAAGAUUACAGGAGCUGCAUGACUUUGGGGUAUUAACGAGAUAUGGAGGAUUGAUUCAGGAAUCCCUUUAUUUAUUUUUCUAAUGGCCACCCAAACUAGAGA